AGUGCUGUAAUUCUGGUUACCAUAUCCAGGCCUAAAGACCACAACACACUUUUUCUGGAUUGAAACCUCUUACAAAUACGUCCGUAGGGGCAUCUACCACACCGGUCCCACCUCACCUGAACACCCGUACAAGCAAGCUACAGUAACCUAAGACAAAGCUCCUCUUUGUGGGUCAGUGAUGCAGCGGGAGUGACGCAGCAGCCUCCAGUCCAGAAGACAACUGUACACAGCAGGAACAGGGGACCUCUGCCAGAACCACAGUCCACUUCCAGACAGCAGUGAAGAGGGAAGAUGAUGAAGGCCUGAUCUAGGCCAAAGGGAGAACGGGAGCCGGGUUGUCACUGUCCUUUCCUCCUCCUAAACAAACACCAGAGAGGCUUCCACAGUGGCAGAGACCUUCCGCACAGAGACAUUUUGAUGACCGUGGUGUCCCCGUGCACUCACAACCUGAUGGACAGCGCUCACCCUCACACUGUGCUCAGCAGGCUCAACGAGCAGCGCUCACAAGGCCUCUUCUGUGAUGUCACCAUCGUGGUGGAGGACGUUAAGUUUCGGGCCCAUAAGAACAUCCUGGCGGCCUGCAGCGGGUACUUCAGGAACGCUCUGACGACUCCCGAGACAUGGAGCUCCGGCCAGGUGCUGGAGCUAAUGGACCUGAAGUCUGAGGUGUUUGCCAGCAUCCUCAACUUUAUCUACUGCUCUAAAGUGACAGCGCCUAGUGCGGAGGACACGAGGGGGCUGGUGGCAGCUGGGAAAAGACUUGGAAUUCCUUUUUUAGAGAAGCUUGCCGAACAAGAGAGGCAGGAUGGAUGUGGUAAAUCCACAGACUCCAGCACAGUGUUGUCAAAAAAAGCAAAGACGGAAGCUCCCAGGCUUGAGGACGUUGACAGAGGGCCACGCAUCACCAACGCCUUCUCUAUCACUGAAGUGUGUCCUGGGAACAAUCUGUUCACCCCUCUGGUUCAAACCAACAGGGAGAGGCAGUCGCCAGAUGAGGGACAGCUCCCGUCAAGCUGCCCCACGACCUCCUGCCUCAACUGGAACAACGAGACAACCCAAGCCCUCUCAGAGCAUUCGUAUGCGGUGAGCAAAUCUACUGAUGGCAAAGACAGCAGUCAGUGGGACAACAAGAAGCCAGCAAUAACUCAGCCAAAGACACUUAUUUACAGGAACACGGGCCCGCUGAAAAAGCGCCACAGGCUGAGAGGCACUUUGUGUCGAAGUAUACUCCCAGCGCCAGCUCAACCACAAACAGAUAAACUAAACACAGUAACCCCCACAUUAGCUGAUGGGGUUUCUACAGCACCUGUGACAGCCAUGACACCACCACCGCUUUUUUCAGAGACAGAAACAGAAAAAAGUACAGGCCCAGGGCUACCUGUAGCCGCUGACAAUGUUCAAACUGAGUUAGGUCCGCCAGCCCUUUCCCCUCACCCAGAGGACAGCAUCUCAAUCUAUGGAUGUGAUCACUGUCCGGAGAUAUUCACAAACAAGGCUCUCCUCGCCAUUCACACAGAGGUGCAUAAAAAGCGUUUUGUCAGUCAUUUGUUUUGCAAGUUUUGCUGCAGGAAGUUCAUACACCUCAAACGGCUGCGCAACCACGAGCAAGUCUGUACCAAAGCCUUAAGAGGCCUGCCUAAAAUGGAUGCAACUGACACAUCAACUAAAGAGAUGGAACUUCAUUCAGAUGACACGGAGAGCAUCGUGACACAGCUUCCUCCUGCUGACCUCUCCGCCCCUAACACCCCGGAGCCCCUUCAAGUAGUGGACCAAUCAGAGCCUCCACAGGAAGUGAUGCAGAAGGCAGUGAGGCAGAGGAGAUACAACUGCAGUGUGUGUAAACGCGUCUACGUCACCAUAUCCAGUCUGAAGCGCCACGAGAACGUGCAUUCCUGGCAGAGGGCAUAUCCCUGUCAUUACUGUAAUAAAGUGUUUGCAUUGGCAGAGUACCGCACCAAGCAUGAAAUCUGGCACACAGGUGAACGCCGCUACCAGUGUAUUUUCUGCCUGGAGACGUUCAUGACAUAUUACAUCUUAAAGAACCAUCAGAAGUCUUUUCACGGCAUCGAUCCCAAUAUGGCCGUUAAGAAAAAAUCUGCCAACGGUGGUCUGAAAGCCAGCGUUUAUCCGAUCAAACUCUACAGGCUUCUACCUAUGAAGUUUAGAAAGAGACGAUACAAGACGUACAGUGAGACAUAUUCAGAGAGUGUUGAACGAGGUGACGAAGCCCAAACAGAGAACGACUCUCUGAUCCCACCGUUUGAAGAGAACGGUCUCAUCAGCCACCCUGAUGCCGUUUCAUUCCCUCUGACGUUCAUGGCAACGACAAAGAUGGUGGCACCCAUCAUGCCUCGCGUCAGCUUUGGCAAGCCAUGUGACCAAGAUGUCGACCAAAGUCUGAACAGUGAUUUGGAAAUUCAGAGAAAGGAGGCUGAGAAUAGAGGUUCACCCUUCACUGACUACGACAGCACCUUCUCUUUGCAGCCUGAGUCUCCUGCAGCAGGUUACAAAGAUGAUCCUCGAGUACAAAGUAACUCAGAGCGUCAUAAUGUGCCAUUCUUAAACUCUUUGAAUGCUGUUAAAAAGUUAGGUGAGCUAUCAGCUUCUGCAAAAAGAGUUGAGGAUAUGACCAAGGAGAUACUUCAAUCAAGCACUGAGAAUCUGACGCGUGAUAAAAGGGUGGUGGCAAAGACAGAAACAUAUAUUGCCAAACCUGCAUGCCCGGGCCCAUCUGCAGGCGGCGCGUCCAUGCCGCUCUGUCAGAUAACAGUGAAAAUAGGCAAUGAAGCCAUCAUUCGUCGCCGAUUCAAAGGGUCUAAGCUCUUCCCCAGAAAGAAAAGAAGAAUCAGAGAGCUGAGUGAGGAGGAGGGGAGCCAGAGUCAGUGUCCUCCAACACGGGAGGACUCAGAGAGCCCGAGGCUCCGCCUGAGAGCAGAAGGCGCUUCAGCCACAGAGCGAGAGAUCGGCGACGAUCCCAAUGACUGUGACACCGCUGAUAUGCUCUGGCGUCCCUACUAUUCCUACAAAGCUAAAAAGAAAAGGAAGAAGUUGAGAUUCAAGCACGGGAAGGCUUUAUUUCACGGUUAUCCUGAAACACCUGUAGAUAGAACUACUCCCAGUGAGGCCCACCUUGAUAAAAGUAUCUGGCUGACAGAAGAGAGCGUGUCAGGUGGAGGUGGUGGUGGAGGAGAGGUGAAACGUAGCCUCAGCCGGAACUCCAGCCCGAGGGCCACCUACAGCUGUGACAUCUGUGACAGCUCUUUUAUCACAGAGACUGGUCUAAGAGCUCAUGUUAUCGGCUCCCACCCGUGUUUCUGCCGGACUUGCGGUAAACAAGGUCCCCCCGGUGAGGCGCCAGCCGGUGGUGAUUACAUCUGCAACAGCUGUAUGGAGAACGGCUCCUGCUUUGAUAACACACCGCGGAGCCCCAACCCAGAGAAGAGGUACCGCUGCUCCUUCUGUCCCCAGCGUUUCCUCUACCUCGCCACCAAGAAAAGCCAUGAGAAAAAACACCAGGAGACAAACGAGGAGGGAUAUAAUUCUGACAGCUUCACACCAUGCUCUAAAUACUCUGCACACCUGGGGGACGACAAUAAACAAGACACCAUCAAAACAGAAGACAGCGACAAUCUAGGUGACAUAAAAAGUGAAAGGGUAGAAGAAGGACAUCUUUCCAUUGAUAAUAUUAAGCCUAAAGUUGAGGAUACAACUGACUUUAUGUCUUUGACUACCUACCAAGACAUUAAAAGUCCGUUAUCGCCCCGUAAUGACCCACUAUUUUCCCUGACGCCCUCAAAGGUGAAACAUAAAAUGGCGAAAAAAAGGAUCAACGCACAGCAUGCUAUGCAUCUGAUCUCAAAAAAGCAAGCCUGCGACAGAGACAUCGAUAGCAGCAGAACAACCGGUCACAAUGAUCUUGAGAAGUCCUGUAAACUCUUUAGGAGAAAUGACUCUGAAACUAAAGGAGGAGCCUACAUAUCUAUACACAAGCCAGAGAAAUGGACGUGCAAAGAGGAGCCGUUUUUUUAAAGAUCUUUGAGGACUGUGGACAUCAAUCGGCAAAAGAGAAAGUGAAUGACUUCAAGCCACUGCUUUAUUGUAAAGAGUGUUUGCAGCUGAGCUCAAUAAAAUGUUGUGAAUGGACACUAAACAUGAGGAUCUACAUCAGUGUAGGCUGUAAUCUCUUCCGCCCCUAAACUCAACGACUGAGCGAUUUUUCACCUUUGUAGAAGAUAUAUCUGGGAUAAUAUAGGACCUUCUGACACAGACUUCUUCAUCCGUUGUCUAUGCAUAAAGUAUAUGGCAGACUCAGUUACGUGAGUGUAAACAAUUUCAGAACAGCGGUAGGAUGUGUUGGAGAACAGAAAGCUGCCUAGUGUGUGUGAAACGUCUGGGGGAAAAACAGUAUGAAUUGUACAACUGUCACAUUUCUGAAUCUCACGUUCAGUUAACUGGCCGUGGUGAGUUGCACUUUAUAGUUAGACUAUGCUAAUCUGUUGGUUAAAUACUUUGGUAAUUAAAUUAUAAGCACCACUGAUAUCUUAUUUCUAAUUAACACAUGGAACCAUUGAGAUUAAAGUUAUUACUUUUGUCUGUUUAAUAUGUAUAAAACAUGUAAAACUACUUAAAUAAAUGUUGUUGAUAUUCUAAACAGUUA